AUGGCAAAGGAGCACAAAUUCCGCGCCACAUCUUGCCUGCUUCCACUCCGCCUGUGGAUCGGCAAAAGGCUCUUUGCGGCUGUCGGACCACGUGGAGUCCGAGUCAGUCCUAGCAGAUUCAUCAAAGGGCCUUGUCCCAGAUCAGAGCUAGCAGCCUUGAAAUUCGUCGCCGAGCACACAACAGUCCCUGUCCCUAGAAUUUUCAAUUCUCACCUCUAUGAUGGGAUUUUCUAUAUUGAAAUGGGAUAUGUCCGUGGGAUGAACCUCGAAGAAGCAUGGUACUACGAAGGAAUUUUUGCAUCGGCAGAACUUGACAGUGUCUUAGAUCACCGAGUUGGAUCCCAUCCUUUCGGGCCUUUUACCAGUCACGAAGCGUUCCACUCAUGCAUUCGAGCGGCUGUUCCGAUUGAGAACUGCAGCGAAGUAAUCGGUACAGAAGUCACCAAAUGCCACUCUCGUCAUUAUCAAAGCUGUUUCACCCAUGCAGAUAUAGCCCCCCGAAAUAUCAUGGUCGAUAACGGUAAGGUCUCUGCGAUCGUUGAUUGGCAAUUUGGCGGCUGGUACCCAGAAUAUUGGGAGUAUACGAAGGCACACUACGCUCAGAUAGAUCGGCCAGAGUGGUUUAACAGAUUAGAAAAUGCCAUGGAGAGGUAUGAUGACGAGCUUAACGCGGAAAGGAUUCUCUGGAGCCGAUUGGACGAGCCACAACUUCUUUUGCGAGGGAAAGAGCAUCUGAUCCUGAGCCCGGAUCGUGUCUGA